UUUGCUCUUCCCAAAUUCACUACAAAAAAAAUGCAGAUUCCGUUGCCGGCGCGAGCUCCGACGCUUCUGUCGCGGCGGAGGCUCUUCGAGCAGAAGCUCUCCGACCUCCACAGAUGCACCGACCUCAGCCAGCUCAAACAGCUCCACGCGCUCAUUUACAAAUCCAAUCUCCACGAUGACCUUUUCGUCGCGCCCAAACUCAUCACCGCCUUCUCCCUCUGCCGCCAAAUGGGGCUAGCGCUCACCGUUUUCGAGCAAGUUCCCGCCCCAAACGCCCAUCUCUGCAACACCUUGAUUAAGGCCUAUAUUCGGAAUUCUCAGCCGGAAAAGGCGUUUGAGCUUUUCUACACAAUGCAGACUUCAGGAAUCGUUCCGGAUAAUUACACUUAUCUGUUCCUUCUCAAGGCUCACUCUGGGUUGAGAUUUGUUAAAACUAUCCACGCUUAUGUGGAAAAAUGCAAUCUUUACUCGGAUCUGUUCAUGCCUAAUUCGUUAAUUGAUGCUUACUCGAAGUACGGAUUGGUUGGGGUUGAGGCAGCGAGGUCUCUGUUUGAUGUGAUGGAGGAGCGCGAUAUGGUUACAUACAAUUCGAUGAUAAGUGGGCUGGUGAAGACGGGCCAGUUGAAGGAGGCCCAGCAACUGUUCGAUGAAAUGCCUCAGAGAGACAAAGUGAGCUGGAAUGCUAUUCUUGAUGGGUAUGUCAAGGCCGGGGAAAUGAGCACUGCGUUUAAGGUUUUUGAGAAGAUGCCGUCUAGGGACGUUGUGUCAUGGUCUAAUGUGAUUUCGGGUUAUGCUAGAAUGGGCGACGUUGAGAUGGCUAAGGUUCUGUUUGAGAAAAUGCCGGAAAAGAAUUUGGUUACUUGGACUAUUAUGAUAUCGGGAUACGCAGAGAAGGGGCUCGUGAAGGAAGCUCUCGUGCUUUAUGAUCAGCUCGAGAGGGAGAACAUGGAGCCAGACGAUACGACAUUCGUGAGUAUCUUAUGCGCUAGUGCACAAUCCGGGAUGCUGAGUUUAGGGAAGAAAGUCCACAGCACCAUCAUCAAAAGCCGCUACAGAUGCUGCACCCUCAUAAGCAACGCUCUGAUCGACAUGUAUUGCAAGUGUGGGAGCUUGAACAGGGCAUGGCGAUGCUUCAACGAGAUGGAGAGCAAAGAUCUGGUGUCGUGGAACACCAUGAUCCACGGCUUGGCCAUGCACGGCCAUGGCAAGAAGGCGCUCCAUCUCUUCGAUAGGAUGAAGCUAGAGCGGUUUGCACCAGACAAUGUGACCUUCGUUGGCGUCCUAUCUGCUUGCAACCACGCUGGCAUGGUCGAGGACGGGAUCCGCUACUUCUACAGCAUGGAGAGCAGCUACAACAUUGUCCCUCAGAUUGAGCACUAUGGCUGCAUGAUCGACCUCUUGGGGCGUGGGGGGCGCCUCAACGAGGCACUGAGGCUUCUUAACUGCAUGCCAUUUGAGCCUAAUGUUGUUAUCUGGUGCUCCCUUUUAGGGGCUUGCCGAAUGCAUAAUGCCCUGCAGUUAGCAGAGGAGGUGCUUGAUGAGUUGGUGAAGUUGGAUCCGGCUAACGCAGGGAGGUACUCUGUGCUGUCGAAUGUGUACGCUGCUGGUGGGGAUUGGAAGGGUGCCGCGGAUGCAAGGCUGCGGAUGUGGAAGGCAGCCAGCAAGACACCCCCUGGGGCUAGCUCGAUAGAGUUGGAUGGGGAGUUUCAUGAUUUCAGUGUUAUGGAUACUAGUCAUCCUAAAUCAGAUAAAAUUUACCAGACUGUGAAUGGGCUAACUCAGCAUCUUAGAAAAGUUGCUCUUGCUCCAACUUAGAAAUUUGGUUGCAUAUAUAAAUAUAUAUAUACAUAUGCUUAUGCCAUUGAGGUUACUUCCUUGAUGAUAAGAUUCAUGUAUACUAUUUUCUGAAAUGUGUAAUUUUGAGGUUUGGCACAUGGCAUGUAUAUAUUUGUAGUGCUGUAGAUGACAAAGGGCAAAGGGGCAGCAAUGUUUGCUGUAUUUAUGAAAUACUAUUUGAUACUCUUUUAGAGUA